ACUGAAAAAAAAAAAAAAAAGAAAAAAGAAAAAGAGGUACAAUUUAAGGAGUAAAAUCUUGUCUUCGCAUAAUGAUUGAUUUUAAGCCCACAUCUAGAUCUGGACCAAGUUGUAGAAUCUGAAUCCUUUUCGCGUUACUCUCGCAUAGCGAUUCCUUACUCUCGUAAAGUCGCUGAUGGACUGUUGGAAAGGUAUUCUAAAGGUUCCAGUGGACCCAACCAGCAGAAGUUACUGCAGAGUUGCUGUAUCUCUCUGCCUCUCGCCUAGUUCUAAAUCACUAACAGUACCCUCAGCAAAUGCCAUCUUCUUUUCUGGAGAUAGAGUUGAAGGGACCGAGAAUCCGGUGAUUGAGAGACUAUCUGAUCUGCAGAAAAUAGCCGAAAUUUUGGUCUCUAAAUUUGGUGGUUCUGUUAAUGCUUGGGUUAUUGAAGCUUCAAGUUUCAAUGGCCCUUUUGCUGUUUAUAAAGAUUUCAUUCCAUCUGUGAAUUGUUGGGGGGAACCAAAAUCCUAUAGCCCAGCUGGAUUCCCAGCUUCUACUUCAACCAUCUCACUCUUAUCAAAUUGCAUUAGAGAGGCAAAAAAGGUCAUUUCAACAAAAGAGAAAGAUCCAAUUUCUGCGAGUGCAUCAUCAGCUUCUUUUUACGAGCCCAAAACAUACAUCCUUGGAUUCAGCAAGGGUGGCAUUGUGCUUAACCAGCUAGUAGCUGAGUUGAGUGUUUCAGAAGUAAAAUUAAAUUCAAAAGAGCAGCAUAUGAACAGGAAAUGUUCCCAAGAAGACAUUCAAAUCAUACCACGCAGUAAAGAAAGUCUUCUAAACAGCAUUACAGAGAUCCAUUAUGUGGAUGUGGGUUUAAACUCGGCUGGUGCAUAUAUCACUGACCAUAAUGUGAUUGAGAGAAUCUCAAAACGUCUCACGCAAGGAGCUCCAGGAAUCCGUUUCGUCCUUCAUGGAACACCCAGGCAAUGGUGUGAUAGCAGGCGAGUUUUGAUACGUAAUGAAAAAGACAAGUUAGUUCAUCUACUUCAGUCUGAAGCUAGAAGGAGCGGAGGGAAACUAAAGGUGUGUGAAAAGUUUUAUUUCGCUGAUAGGCCUCCAGAUUUGCAAAUGCACUUUGAAAUAAUUCAAAGUAUGGAUGUUAGUUGACCAGUUAACUGUGCAUAUUUUAAUUGACACUCUCAUAGCUGUAUCUAUAAAUUUUGAUGGAAAAGAUAAUGAUAUACUGUUUGCUUUAUUCAGUACUUCUAACUGAAGUGAUUACUUUUUUUUA